AUGCGAGCCGCCGCUCUGGUUGUCAUCGCAGCAGCUGCUGCCGUCUCUCAUGCCGACGACGAUUCUAUUGAGAAACGAGGAGGUGGACGAGCGUUCGUACCGAUUGAGGAGCGGGGCGGGGCCAGAGCUUUUUUCGAAGACAACAAACGAGGCGGAGCCAGAGUAUUCCCUGCAGACAAAAAGGGCGGAGCACACGCGUUCAGAGAAUUGAAACGAGGCGGAGCGCGUGCCUUUGUGCCGUUAGAAGUACGAGGCGGAGCCGUACCGUCUCAGCUAGAGAAAAGAGGUGGAGGUCGUGCUUUCGUUGAACCAAAGAGAGGAGGAGCCAGAGCCUUCUACGGAAUAGAGCAGCGAGGAGGUGCUCGAGCAUUCUUCAACGAUGAGAAACGAGGCGGAGCCAGACCAUUCACGGACUGGAAGAGAGGAGGGGCUCGUGGCUUCUCAACAAUUGAACUGCGGGGCGGUGCUCGAGCGUUCUUCGAAGAUGAGAAGAGAGGAGGUGCUAGAGCAUUCAAACGAGGUGGAGGACGAGCGUUCGUGCUCGACAAAAGAGGUGGAGCUAGGAUGUUCCAGAACUCGAAGCGGGACUAUACGGACGAUUACCCGGAUUGGUUGAUGUAUGCGGAUCAUGAACAGUCACCAUUCGAAGUCGACGAAAACGUCGACGGUACGUUCUGA